CGGUGGUCAUGUGACCGCUGCUCACGUGUCUCCGCGGCUGGCCCGGGCUUGAAGCGAGAUUGAGAAGAGCCAGAGCCAACAGCCCUCCUAGGAUACCAGCCCAGAACAUGCUGAUGCCUCCCUCCAGCUGCAGGUGUUCCCUCGCUGCCCAAGGGAUGUGGUCAUAAGACAGAUUCUGCAAACCCUGCAGACCCUGCAGGAGGGCUCCCAGAGCUAUGGCCCAGUUCAGCAUCAACAGUGACCUUGGUGAGCAGGGCUUCAGCACAGACUCUGGCGAGCGGGCCCGUCUGCUGCAAAGCCCCUGUGUGGACACAGCCCCCAAGAGUGAGAGGGAGACCUCUCCUGGGGUUCUGGAAAGAGGCACCACUUCCACAAUCGGGGCCAUCUUCAUUGUCGUCAAUGCCUGCCUGGGCGCAGGACUGCUUAACUUCCCAGCAGCCUUUAGCACUGCCGGGGGUGUGGCAGCUGGCAUCACACUGCAGAUGGGCAUGCUGGUUUUCAUCAUCAGUGGCCUCGUCAUCCUGGCCUACUGCUCCCAGGCCAGCAAUGAGAGGACCUACCAGGAGGUGGUGUGGGCUGUGUGUGGGAAGCUGACAGGCGUGCUGUGUGAGGUGGCCAUCGCCAUCUAUACCUUUGGCACCUGCAUCGCCUUCCUCAUCAUCAUCGGGGACCAGCAGGACAAGAUUAUAGCUGUGGUGGCAAAGGAGCCCGAGGGGGCCAGCGUCAGCCCCUGGUACACAGACCGCAAGUUCACCAUCAGCCUCACUGCCUUCCUCUUCAUCCUGCCCCUUUCCAUCCCCAGGGAGAUCGGCUUUCAGAAAUAUGCCAGCUUCCUGAGUGUUGUGGGUACCUGGUACGUCACUGCCAUCAUUAUCAUCAAAUACAUCUGGCCAGAUAAAGAGAUGACCCCAGGGGACAUCCUGACCAGGCCAGCUUCCUGGAUAGCUGUAUUCAAUGCCAUGCCCACCAUCUGCUUCGGAUUUCAGUGCCAUGUGAGCAGUGUGCCCGUUUUCAACAGCAUGCAGCAGCCCAAGGUGAAGACCUGGGGUGGGGUGGUGACGGCUGCCAUGGUCAUAGCCCUUGCUGUGUACAUGGGCACAGGCAUCUGUGGCUUCCUGACCUUUGGAGCUGCUGUGGACCCCGACGUGCUCCUGUCCUAUCCUUCGGAGGACAUGGCCGUGGCCGUCGCCCGUGCCUUCAUCAUCCUGAGCGUGCUCACCUCCUACCCCAUCCUACACUUCUGUGGGCGGGCGGUGGUCGAAGGCCUGUGGCUGCGCUACCAGGGGACUCCAGUGGAAGAGGACGUGGCGCGGGAGCAGCGGCGGCGAGUACUGCAGACACUGGUCUGGUUCCUGCUGACCCUGCUGCUGGCGCUCUUCAUCCCUGACAUCGGCAAGGUCAUCUCGGUCAUCGGAGGCCUGGCUGCCUGCUUCAUCUUUGUCUUCCCAGGGCUGUGCCUCAUUCAAGCCAAACUCUCAGAGAUGGAGGAAGUCAAGCCAGCCAGCUGGUGGGCGCUGGUCAGCUAUGGAGUCCUCUUGGUCACGCUGGGAGCCUUCAUCUUUGGCCAGACCACAGCCAACGCCAUCUUUGUGGACCUCUUGGGUUAACCACUGCCUCCCAGGGAACACAUGGCCUUUGCCAUUAGACCCAGGAACCAAUCUCUUAGAGCUGCGGGGCCACCCUGAGUCUGGCACCAUUCCCCUCUACUGGUGGGAUAACACUGGGACAUCCUUUUCCAGGGACAGUUUUGGGGUGAAAUCAGGCCCCACACCUCUGGACAGCUCAAACCCUGCUCACUUCCUGCUCUCCAGUCUGGUAUUGCCAUGGAUGGUGGGAGAAAUUCUCACGUCACAGAGGAACUUUCCCCCUUCUCUAACUCUUGACUUCGCCAUCCCUGGAACGCAUGGGUAUAGGGGGUCAGACAGCCUCAGAAGAAAGGACUGAGCCUGAUUUGCCUCUGGAGAGUGUGGGCAAAAGGCAGCUGGGACUCAGUGCCUGCUCCAGUCUGUCAGCAACCUGCCAGUGGGGGCUUCCUCUGGGAUCUGGCAACUUCCAAAGGUACCACUGAAGUCAUACAGAUGCAUAAAGAUAGGUAGAUUCACGCUUGCCUGGUCCAUCCUAGGUCCGCAAUGAGCCUGGGCCCAUUCUUUCUCAUCCUGAUUGACAUUUCCCAAGCCUUUGGGGCCUUACCCUGUCUCUUUCCCCAAACCUAAGGGUCCCGGCAUUCCUCUCCUUCUCCAUCCCCAGUCUAAUGUUUACAAAUGGUGCCAGCCGGCUCUGAACCAGGGGCCAGAGGCCGUCCUGUGCCACCACAGUGCUGAGUACUCCUCAUUAGCUUUCCCCACGGUGGUGGGGAGUGGGGAGAGUCUGCUUUCCUCUCUCAGAUUCCAGACGGGCCCCUCUUUCAAAAGGCACAAGGGUGGGUGAUGGGGAAGACUGGGAACCUUUCAGAUCCAACCAAGCUAGGCUGGUCAGAGUCAAGGUGAACCUCUCUGAUAAUCUUCUCAUUCAGUGACUGCUCCUCCCUGCCCUCCAUUUCCCCCCUCCCCUGCCACCCUUCGCAUGAUAGCCCAGAGAGAAAUAAGGCAGUGGAGCUGUCAUUGGGCAGUAUAUGAAUACAGUCACCCCAGCCUGGAAGUUUCCCUUCCAGUCUGGCCCUUGUCUGCUCCCUCCCUUCCCCAUCACUUCUUCGCCCUCUACCGCAUAUUUCUGUGUAGCUCAAUCUCUUUUGCUCACAUAAGACAGAGCUUGGGGGUGGGGAGAAUGCCCUCUCUUGUCAACCUAGCUCCACACACCCACUCAGUGACCUGUCACUCACAUCACUCCUGCAUCAAGCCCCAGUGGGGGUGAGGAGGGACACUAUUGUCCACCUCUAGUCCCAUUUUUCUCACUGGCCAGCCCCAGGCACUGAAUCAGGCUUCCUCCACCUGGAAUGCCCAGCAGCCCAUCACUCAGGGCAGUGAGGCCUAAGAAGCAGAGGCUGGGUGGAGGCGGGACAGUCUCCAGACUGGGUGACCUCUUGCCCUGGGACCAGGCCCACUCCUCAUAGCACCUGUCCCUGCCAGAGUUAGGAGGAUGGGCAGCCCAGACGACAGGGCUGCACAGUCUCCUAACAUCGGAUUUUAGUCAGGGGCUUGGGGAGGUAAGGAGAGUCAUUGCAUAGAACGGACCACUAGAAAAGGAGAUGGCACCCUUCCUCUUGGCCUCACCUCAGGAGCCCCCUCCCCUGCCCUUUCUGCCAGAGUAUUUUAACUGUUUCUUUUCCCCUGGUGCCCAUUCAGACCAGGGAGGAUGGUUAAUAAAAGGGAUUUGUGCUGCUCGGC